AUGGCUCCAGUAGCCUUACAGAAGCUUACUGCAUUGCAGCGGGCUCGUGAAGGCGAAAUAGAAGGCUUGCGGCAGAGGUUAACAAGCAAACCGCGAGAUACGCUUACGAAACGAGUCGUUAAAUCGCGACUUGACGCUCUAAAUGAAAUUUGGACAGAGGUUCGUAAGGCUCACGCUGAGAUCAUCGUUCGAGAAAACGCGGAUGCCGACCCGUACGUCACCGAUGAUUGGUUCGGGCGAAUUCAGGGUGUAUACGAGAAUGCCCUUGACGAGUUUUUGGCGCUUCUGACUUCCGCGGAAAAGGUGGAAACAGAGGCCGUCACUAGACCCGCGGCGGCAAGCACCUCUGGAAUUACCGGAACGGGUGUCGCGAAACUCCCUCGCAUUCCUCUCCCAACCUUUUCGGGAAAGUAUGAGGAUUGGGCAAGUUUUUGCGACCUUUUCACUACGUUGGUGCAUGACGUAGCUUCUCUAUCUGACGCAACCAAGCUGCAGUAUUUGAAGCUUUGCUUGACCGGUAGUGCCGCGGACCUAAUAAAGGACGUCGCUACGACCAGUGCGAAUUACAUCAGCACAUGGCAGGCGUUAAAGACUCGAUAUCACAACCCUCGAUUAAUAAUAAACAAACAUUUGGCUUCGUUCAUGCGGAUCCCGCACUUGAAAAACGAGUCCGCUUCCGAGCUCCGUUCCUUCGUCGACGAAGCUCAGCGAAUAGUUCGUGCGUUAACGAAUUUAAAAUUACCAGUGGAGCAUUGGGACGUCUGGCUUGUCUUCGUGCUCUCUGAACGCUUGGAUUCGGAGUCGCGAAGGUUGUGGGAAGCGGAGCUGAGCCAGGGUGACCUCUCGGAGGGUACCAGCUCUCUUGGUUCACUCCCGAAAUUCGCGGACUUGAUAAAGUUUUUGGAACGGAGAACUCAGGCCUUGACUAUGAUCGCGCUCGAGUGUCGCACGGAGAAGAGGUCGGCUUCAACACCGUCUGCGGGACCCCAACCCCGUAAGGUUUUCCACUCUAGUUCUCGUCGAUCACCGAAUCCAACGCCGUACAAAUGCCCGCUCUGCCCUGGUGCUCACCCCCUCUUAAAGUGUCUCAGGUUUCAGGCGAAGGCUCCUUCUGAGCGGUUCGCGAGUAUUAGACACUUACGGCUUUGUUUCAUUUGUCUGGAACCACAUCAGGCGAGAAAUUGUCCGUCAAGCGGAAAAUGCGCGGUUUGUCAAGGACGACAUCACACGAUCUUGCAUCGCGGCGCGCGAGGAAGGUAUCAAGGGUCGAGCAGAAGUCCGGGAGGGUCUCGAGGCCCAGAAGGAGGUGGACCUUCGGCACCCCCCCCUGUCGUAAACUUGCAUGCGGCGUGUCAUUCGGUUGUCGGGCGAAGAGUUCUGCUCGCCACGGCGCGAGUGCAGAUAAUGGGUCCGAACGGAAGCAGCACCUACGCGCGAGCACUCCUCGACCAGGGCUCGGAGUCGUCAUUUGCUUCGGAAUCCAUAGUGCAGCUGUUGGGGUUGUCCAGGAGACGCGCUUCCGUAACACUGACGGGACUUGGUUCCACUGAGACAGGAACUGCGACCGCGAGGACGCAGCUGGUGCUGCGGUCCUGCGGCAAUCCUAAAUUCGAAUUCGAAACAGACGCGCUCGUCCUCCCAAGACUCACCUCGCGUCUUCCAUCGGAUAGAUUUGGCGAUCUAGAUUUGGGACAAUUUGAGGGCCUUGCGCUGGCGGAUCCGGACUUUUCGGUUUCCCAAAAUGUAGACGUGAUUUUGGGCGCUGAUGUUUAUGGCCAGUUGCUUCGUCCCGGCUUGAAGCGGUUCCCUACCUCACAACUUGUCGCUCAAAGUACGGCUUUCGGCUGGGUGAUUUCUGGUAUGGUGCGGUCCGACAAACGGCGGGCGGACAGAACUCUCUCUUCGUCGCCAACACAGGCACUUCACUGCUCGGCUGAACCGGGUUUGGAGCAGACCCUGCAACGUUUUUGGUCUCUCGAAGAUAUUGCUCCGAAUUCGAGUAGGCUGAGGCCCGAGGACGAGAUCGUUGAGCAAUUAUUUAAGGAGACUCACAAUCGCGACUCACGAGGUCGGUACGAAGUCCGGCUUCCUGUGAAACCAGAACGCCCUAGGGUAGCUAACGAGACUAGGUCAAUGGCGCUUAAAUCUCUUUCUAAUAUGCAACGUCGAUUUUCGCGAGACGCUCGAUUGGCUGAGGCAUACGGUAGCUUCAUGAGGGACUACGAACGCCUGGGACAUAUGACUCGAGUCCCGGCCUCAGAAAUGCGGUGCGAGGACGCAUGGUACCUUCCACAUCACGCAGUGAUUCAGGCUUCGGGUGACAAAUGGAAACUUCGCGUUGUGUUUGAUGCCUCUCGGAAAACUCGCGAAGGGCACUGUCUAAAUAACUUUUUGUGGUCAGGCCCCUCGCUCCAGAGCGAUCUAUCAUUGAUCCUCUUAAAUUGGCGAAAAUACCGUUUUGCGUUUACCGCGGACAUAGUGAAAAUGUUCCGGCAAGUCCUGGUCAAGCGCGAAGACCAGGAUUUGCAGAGAAUUGUGUGGGCCCCGACCGCUGAUGCCAGUCCUGUUGAUUACCGUUUGCAUACUGUCACAUACGGGACAACUUGUGCUCCAUAUCUGGCCAUCCGCACGCUUUCGCAGUUGGUUGUUGAUGAAGGGGUUAACCUUCCCCUCGGAGCUGAAUGUCUCAAGGCAGAGACGUAUGUUGAUGACACCUUCGCAGGGGCGGAAGACCUUUCUACCGCGGUUCAGAAAAGACUCGAACUUAUAGAAUUGUUAAGAUUGGGUGGUCUCGAGCUCGACAAAUGGUCCGCCAAUCAUCCCGAUCUUCUGCCACCUCAGGCGCGGCAUAACUCACCGAAAGAAAUCGACGGCUUUUCCGCGGAAGUCAAAACCCUCGGGAUUCAUUGGAUCCCAUCGCAGGAUGAUUUUAAGUUCCGUGCAGCGGACGUGGAAGAGAUGUCCACUGCUGCAACGAAACGUUCCAUUCUUUCGAAUAUCGCGCGUUUGUUUGACCCACUCGGGUGGCUAGCUCCAAUCACUGUGACGGCGAAGGUCUUAAUGCAGGAUUUGUGGAUUCAGAAGUGCGAUUGGGACUCGCCUCUCCCCGCCGAAUUACGCGAGCGAUGGCAUACUUAUUGCACGUCGUUGACACAGUUGCCACCUCUAUCCAUCCAUCGUUGGUUGGGGGUCGCAUCUUCCCGUUCCUACCAGAUUCAUGGCUUUUCCGAUGCGUCUUCUCGCGCCUACGCAGCCGUGGCAUAUUUACGAAUUAACGAAGGAAAUGGUCGGUUCAGUGUUUCACUUCUCGCCGCGAAGAGCAAAGUGGCUCCCGUCAAAACGGUCAGUAUCCCGAAUUUAGAAUUGUGUGGUGCUGCACUUCUCGUUAAACUUCUUUGCCAUGUUAGGAAGCUCGAAUUUCUCCGCUCACUCCCGGUCUACGCAUGGUCUGAUAGUCAAAUAGUCCUUCAGUGGCUUCGAAAGCACCCAUGCCACUGGAAAACCUUCGUCGCCAACCGAGUAUCGUUUAUUCAGACCGAACUCCCAUCUGCCACAUGGGCUCACGUCCCAACGAAAGAAAAUCCAGCAGAUUUGGCUACUCGGGGCUCAGACCCGGCAGAGUUAGCGCAGAACAGCAAUUGGUGGCGCGGUCCCCACUGGCUCUCUGAUACACCGGAACAAUGGCCACAACCAACAGCGAAUCCGCACACCCUCCACGUAAGGGUCCGGCCGGACGAACCGCCGAUUCUCACGCAAUUCUCGAGCUUGACUCGCCUUAUUCGGGUAGUAGCCUUCUGCAGACGCCCCUUGCUUAAUCUCCGCAGACGACGGGACGGUUCUGAACCGCUUCCCUCCUUUCUCUCAUCCGUCGAGCUGGCAGAGUCGCGAUUGGUGGUUAUUCGCUUGUCGCAAGCAACCAGCUUUGCCCCAGAAAUCGAACUAUUGAAAUCUGGAAAGGGCUUGCCGAAUAGCAGCGGAAUUAAGAAAUUAAAUCCAUUUCUGGACAAAGUUGAUGUCGUGCGGGUGGGAGGCCGCCUUUCCCAGGCUAGUCUCACUUUCGACCAUAAACACCCCCCAAUUUUAGCACGAUGCUCUGCACUCAGCGCGUUAUUCGUACAGUUCGCUCACCGCCUCUGCUUGCAUGGGGGACCCACCCUGACCACGAGUAUCUUGAUACAACAGGUUUGGAUUUUGGGCAUGAAAAGAUUAGUCAAAUCGGCGAUCCGGCGGUGUGUGACCUGUCAACGGGUUAAGCCACAAUUUGCUCACCAACUAAUGGGCGAUCUGCCUGGUGACCGAGUACAGUCCGGACGACGACCCUUCUCGAUAGCCGGUCUCGAUUACGCGGGUCCGGUCCAGGUCCGUACCACGAAAGGACGCGGGCACAAAUCUUACAAGGGGUACGUAGCGGUCUUCGUCUGUUUUUCUACGCGAGCCAUUCACCUUGAGCUUGUGAGUGAUUUGACUACCGCGUCGUUUAUUUGUGCGUAUCGUCGAUUUGUGGGUAGGCGUGGUGUCUGUCAACGACUUUACAGCGACAACGCUACUAAUUUUCAUGGAGCAGAUAGUGAGCUCAAGGCUAUGUUCCAACGAGCCUCCGAAUUCUAUCAAAGGGCGGCGGCUCUCCUCGCGAACGAUGGCACUGAUUGGAGUUUUAUACCCCCGAAUGCUCCCCAUUACGGAGGGUUAUGGGAAGCAGGGGUCAAGUCGGUGAAACACCAUUUGAAACGGGUCCUAGGCGAGCAUACUCUCACCUUCGAAGAGUUGUCGACUGUUCUUGUCGAAAUUGAGGCCUGUCUCAACUCACGGCCACUGAGUGCACUAAGCUCCGAUCCUGAGGAUCUCCAUGCAUUGACACCUUUCCACUUCCUUGGGGGAAGCACGUCGGCCUUACUCCCCGAGGACGAUCUCUCGGACGAACCUCAGAAUCGCUUGAACCGAUUUCAGUUGCUACAGCGCAUUCGGAAUCAGUUCUGGAGACGAUGGUCCUCCGAGUAUCUACUCCACUUGCAAGAACGAGGAAAGUGGAGAGAGACCCGUGAAAACUUCUGCAUUGGGAGACUUGUCUUGGUCCGGGAUGACAAUUACCCCCCGUCGAAGUGGCCGCUAGGGAGAAUAAUCGAACUCCACCCGGGCCCGGAUGGCCUUGUGAGGGUGGUCACGAUUAAAACAGCAACUACCACUCUACGGCGGCACAUCUCUCGUCUAUGCCCGCUGCACCUCGAAGAUGGCGGCAAAGGGCGUAGGGCAAUGUCGGAGGCCUGAGGAUUCGUCUGUUGGACGAAGGCGGGCGGGAUGUUCGCGCCACUUUAUUAUUAUUAUAUUAGUUUUGUAAAUUUAUCAUAGCAAAUACUUUAGUGUCGUUAUAUUUGUAUGUUGCACCUAUUUACCACGUAUAAGGUGACUAAAGAGUCACAUACAGUAGAUUUACUUUCUUAUUCCACAUGACGAGUAGUUCAACGUUAUAGUAAUUCAAAUUACGUACUUAUUGCCCACGUCAGAAAUUCGUGAGCCGAU